CUGGAGUGAGAGCAGUGCAGAGAUCAGUCCUCAAACAGAGCCUGAUCUACUGAUCUACAGCCUGCGCCUCACACAAGUCCAUGUGCAUGGGAAAAUGCGCCUGUGCGGGGAUGCUCUGAAAUCUAACCCACUGCACAUGGAUUCAGAAUAUCAGAAAGCAUAAAGAAAGAACUGGAUUUAUCCACUGUUGGACGUUUCAGAUUGGACCAUCUGUUAUUCAUAUUCCACUGUGGAAGAUGGAUAGAUGUCUGCAUGGUACUAGUCGAUGAGACUGGACUUCAGAAGGGCUGCUGAACUGACCAGAGAUUGAUUUUUGGAUCUUUUGGUUGUGGAAGUAACAGGGAGCACAGUUUGGCUAUUCCAUCAGUCCCUCUGCCGGCUUAAUCAUGACCUCUCUAACAGGGAAUAAAGACAGAUCCGGGACCAGGAGUAGAAAACAUGGGAUGACCGAUUCAUCCCCUACGAAGUCAGCAUCAUUCUCUCCUGAAACCUGGUACCGAAAGGCUUAUGAGGAGUCCCGGAGCGCCAGCCGUCCGGUGCCUGAAGGCGCCGGAUCCAUGCCCGGGUCCUCUGGAACCCCUUCCCCCGGAUCAGGAAUAUCGUCCCCGGGCUCUUUCUCCGGUUCACCUGUUACUGUAUCUCCUGGAAUCAGUACCGGUUCGCCCGGUUCCUUAGGUGGAUCUCCAGGGUUCGGCACUGGUUCUCCAGCCUCGGGUAGCGGGAGCUCACCUGGUUCUGAACGGGGGAUCUGGUGCGAGAACUGCAACGCUCGGCUGGUGGAGCUGAAGAGGCAGGCAUUAAAACUACUAAUUCCCGGACCCUACUCUAGCAAGGAUCCCUCCUUCUCCCUGCUUCUCCAUGAUAAGCUGCAGGUGUCCAACAGCACACGCAAGGCAUGGAACGAGCGUGACGGUCGCUGUGACGUGUGCGCCACCCACCUGAGUCAGCUGAAGCAGGAGGCCGUCCACAUGGUGCUGAGCCUGGAGCAGUGUGAUGUAUCUCCUGGCUCCCCUCCAUCCCUGGCCUCCCUGGUGGGUUCCCGAAGCAUCCUCCAGGGUCCCACACCGCCUCGUGACUGGGCAUACCUCCCUGCAGGCUACCAUUCCUCAGCCUCCUCCACCUCUGCUACCGUUUCCGCCACCACAUCCAGUUCUACGCCGACAACCACCAACGCGAGCAACAGCGGCAGCUCCCACCUCACAGCCUACCCCAAACACGGAUCCAAACCCAACAGUCUGGGUGUGAGCAGCGGGGUGGAGAAGAAGAACAAUUCGCCCGGCCAUGCAGGAAAGUCCACAGGACCGCAACAGCCUCAUCUCCCCAGCAGCCCCAACAAUGCUAAUGGAACUGUGUUGAGUUCUGUCGCACUCCAAGCUCACCAACACUUGGAAGGCACCUGGACAUCUGGGCACCAGUCAAGAGCCAACGGUGUCACGCUCUAUCCUUAUCAGAUCUCUCAAAUGGUGUCGGAGGGCAACCGGGAGGGUCUAAACGAAGCCGCGCUCAACCGAUACAAUGCCGACCGCCCGACUGCGUACAGCAACCCUGCUGCUCCACCUCCUGCUCCAGUAACCACAGCGCCCUCCAGUGGCACCUCCGCUGCUGCGUCCUUCUUUGCCAGGGCUGCCCAGAAAUUGAAUCUGUCUUCCAAGAAGAAGAAGCAGCGUCCUGCGCCCCCCGUGGCAUGCGAUCCACCCCUCUUUCCCACCAACUUCAGUGGCAUCCUGCAGGUGUCUCCGCCCCCCGCUCCACCCUGCCUCUUACGGGCAGUCAACAAAGUCAAAGACACUCCCGGCAUGGGCAAGGUUAAAGUGAUGGUACGCGUUUGUCCUUCAACGCCCGCCAGCGCUGCAGAGUCCAGCUCUUUCCUGAAGGUCGAUUCUCGUAAGAAGCAAGUGACCAUCAUGGAUCCAGCGGCUAAUUCUCAGCAGAAUCAAACUCAGAAACGCGGCAGCUCCAACCAGGCUCCUCCAAAGAUGUUUGCAUUUGAUGCAGCCUUCUCCCAUGAUGCCUCUCAGGCAGAGGUUUGUGCUGGAACUGUGGCUGAAGUCAUCCAGUCUGUGGUCAAUGGAGCAGAUGGCUGUGUAUUUUGCUUUGGACACUCCAAACUAGGCAAAUCCUACACUAUGAUUGGCAAGGAUGAUUCAAUGCAGAGUUUCGGGAUUAUCCCGUGUGCCAUCUCCUGGCUGUUUAAAUUGAUCAACGAGUGCAAGGAAAAGACAGGUGCGCGUUUCUCCGUACGAGUGUCGGCUGUGGAGGUCUGGGGAAAAGACGAGAACCUGAAAGAUCUGUUGUCAGAGGUGGCGACAGGCAGUCUGCAGGACGGCCAGUCUCCAGGAGUCUACCUCUGCGAGGACCCCAUCUGCGGGAUGCAGUUACAGAAUCAGAGUGAGUUGCGCGCCCCUACGGCUGAGAAGGCCGCUUUCUUCUUGGACGCUGCCAUUGCUUCGCGCUACAGCAGUAAGCCAGACUAUGAUGAAGAGGAGCACCGUAACUCUCACAUGCUCUUCACCCUACACAUCUAUCAGUAUCGAAUGGAAAAGACCGGCAAGGGUGGAAUGUCGGGAGGCAGGAGCAGACUGCAUCUCAUCGACCUGGGCAGCUGUGUGAAGGUUUUGAGCAAGACCCGUGACAGCACUACAGGACUCUGCCUCUCUCUUUCGGCCCUGGGGAACGUCAUAUUGGCCUUGGUCAAUGGCAGCAAGCACAUCCCUUACAAAGAUAGUAAGCUAACCAUGCUAUUACGAGAGUCCCUGGGAAACAUGAAUUGUCGCACCACCAUGAUAGCCCACAUUUCCUCGUCACCCAACAACUUCUCAGAGACACUUUCCACCCUUCAAAUUGCCUCUCGUGUUCUUAGGCUGAAGAAGAAGAAGGCUAAAGUAAGCGUGCAAUACACAUCCAGUUCCUCUGGUGGUGAGAGCUCAUGUGAGGAAGGAAGAAUGCGUCGCCCAACACAGCUGAGGACCAUCCAUUCUAGAAAUGUUGUUGAUUCAGAGAUGCCUCUGCUACACCUCUCCAGUGACCCUGAAGACUAUUCCAGCAGCGAGCAGUCAUGUGACACAGUUAUCUACGUGGGACCAAAUGGCUCAGCUCUUUCGGACAAAGAGCUAACGGACAACGAAGGUCCUCCAGAGUUUGUUCCUAUCAUUCCAUCCCUGCAUAAAAAUAAAGCAGAUCUUGUCCAGGCUCCUUUGACAUCACAACCAUCUCAACAAGUUGUAGACCCACUAGCUCAGGCCUCACAGUCUGUCCAACCUUUGCAGCCCAUUCAUCCUCAGCCACUUCCACCUUUGCCAGAGGAAGGUGCUGAGUCGGGUAAAAAAGAGAAGGACUGUCUUAAGUGUAACACUUUUGCGGAGCUACAAGAGAGGCUGGAAUGUAUUGAUGGAAGAGAAGAGGUUACAAAAUUCCCUUUUGAAGAAAUCCCUGACAACAGAGCUGCCAAAUUUGAGUCUGGCCAUGGUCAAGUCGUUAAAGGGUGUAAUCAAUCCAGUUCUCCAAAGAGGAUAUCUGACCAGCAACUGGCGGAGAUCCGUGAGGUGGUUGAAGAAGCAGAGAUCGCUCAGUCAAUAAUUGAAAGCCUGACACAGUGUUCAACAGGCAGUUGUGGACUCUCCAGCAGCAGAAGUGUGACUGGUAGCAGUGGUAUUGGGCAACUACCCCCUCUUCAGAGAGCCAAGAGCUCCAGUUUGCAUGACAGUAGAGAAUCCAUCAGUGGUGGAAGCAGCAGUGAGAGUAAGCCUCGUCCCAUGGGCUCCCCUCGAUUGGGAAUUGCCAGUCUUACUAAAACCUCAGAGUACAAACCACCAUCCUCUCCCUCUCAACGCUGCAAAGUGUACACCCAGAAAGGAGUAAUGCCUGGUACACCUCCUCACUCCUCACAAAAUCUUAAUUUAGACUAUAGAAAGUCAUCUACAGAGUCUUUGCUUAAUCCAGAGUCUAGAACUUCUCCAGUGGGGAUGAGCCCACAGGUCCUAAAGAGAUCUUCAUCCACCAAUAGCCUUGGAUCAGCUGAGACACUGUGUGACGAUGUUCCCCAGCUGCCUUUGGACAAUAAGAAAGAUGUGAAGGACACCACAGCCACAGUUAUGCUGGAGCAUCCUUUGGAACCCAAUGGAGAGGAUGAGCUGGUGUUCACCCUAGUAGAAAAGCUGACAAUUAGUGGGAUGAUGGAAAAUGGCAGACCAACCAGUAUUAUCAGCUUUAACAGUGACUGUUCGUUGCAGGCCAUGGCAUCUGGAUCAAGGCCUGUUAGUAUCAUUAGCAGCAUAAGUGAAGACCUAGAACACUAUGCCACUGCUCCCUGCACUACCACCACCACCACUAUCUCACAAGUCAACAUUAAUAAAUUCCUGCCUCUCAGCAGGAUAGAAGGGGACGUCCAGGCUAGUCGCCGUUCCUCAAUCAGCUCAUGGCUGAGUGAAAUGAGUGCUGGCAGUGAUGGCGACCAGUCAUGUCAUAGCUUUGUUGCUCAGCAGUGCUUUGGACAAGGUGAGGCACUAGCUGAAGACAGGCUUUUGGAAAUUCAAGAAGAAGGUGACAUUGAAGUUCUCCCUGAGUCAAAUGGCCAAAGCAACUCAGAAAAAGAGAGUGAUUCCAAUACAACUGAAGUGAAUGAAAAAAACACAACAACUAAACACAAACUAGACAAACUGUCCUCAACCUUAGGUGUCUAUGUUCCUUUUAAGACCAAUAUAACAACUCACCCAUGUGCUGCUGUUAAGCCAAUAGUUGUGCAGGACUUACUUACCAAAACCCUUCCAGUUAAUGAUCUCAAAUCCCCACCUGUUCCAAUCUCAAGUGAGAUAAAUUUUGAUGACCCAUGGAUGAAAAGAGAGGGCAAUGAAGAGACCAAGCCUUUGAACAUGGUCUGUGAUGUCAAAUCAGAGAAGAGAACAUCUGAAUCAGUGAAAAGGAAAUGUCAAUUCGACAAGCAUAGCUCAAGUAGUGAAGCAGCAUGUUCCCCUGAUUCCAUGAACCGGGUGGUGGAUGGCUGCGAGAUGGUUUUCAAUGCACCCGAAAGCAUAACUCAAGUGUACUCUGCAGACAUCCUCAGGACAGGUAGUCUCCCUCGUGCAUGGCAUCGCUUAAAUAAGCAAGAUGAUCUGGAAGACCCUACAUACCGGUACAUGAGUGGAGAGUAUAAAAGCCUUGGGGUUACCACCUCUACUCCCUGCAGUCCAAGAGCCACACUCGAAAGAAGAAGUUCCAUCGGAAGGCAAGGUAUCUUUGCUCGCCAGAAAGGAAUCCCGCCAUUGCCACCUGUAAGGAAGUCUAGCCUUGACCAGAGGAAUCGAGCAAGCCCACAGCAUAAUCCAGGAAAUGCUCAAACCCCACACCAGUAUCUAUCUUUCCUUGGUGGCACACCUGAAGACUUGGGUGGUAAACAUAAAGGACCAAAUGUGGAGAGCAGUAGACUUUUCAGUGCCAAACUUGAGCAGUUAGCAAACAGAACCAAUUCCUUAGGGAGGUCCUAUGUUGCACAUUAUGACUGCAAUUCCUUGGAGAGAGCUGAGAGUUUGACCUCUCUGGGCUCUAAAGGAGGAGUCACAAAAGACAGUACAAUGCCAAGGACAGGUAGGAGCAUCACCCGUGGUUUGCUCUCAUCACCCACCAACGGACCAAAUGGCAACAACAAUGUACUGCAGUCACCCAAAGCAAGUCAAUCCAAAAUCUCUGCAGUUAGCAAACUCCUUAUGGCAAGCCCCAAAGCUCGAAGCUUAUCAACCUCUAGCACUAAGACCCUAAGUUUCUCCACCAAGUCCCUCCCACAGUCAGUAAACCGGAGCUCAAGUUUGCCCCCCAACGGAAAGAACCAGAACCAAAGUUCAUGGUCAACCCAGUCCCUAAGUCGCAACAGGGGGACUGGGCUUGUAUCUAAGCUACCUUUAAGAGCAGUGAAUGGACGAAUCUCUGAGCUUCUACAAGGUAGCGCCAACUCUCGCACUAACCAAGGACGAGGAGCUUCAGACACCGAAGAGAGAGGAGCAGCAGUCCAAGGAGAGGAAAGGCCAGUGGUCCAUACUUUACCCUCACCUUACAGUAAGAUCACUGCCCCAAGAAGGCCUCACCGUUGCAGUAGUGGGCACGCCAGUGACAACAGCAGCGUGCUAAGCGGAGAGCUUCCUCCCGCCAUGGGAAAGACUGCCUUGUUUUACCACAGUGGUGGCAGCAGUGGCUAUGAGAGUAUGAUACGAGACAGUGAGGCCACAGGAAGCACAUCAUCUGCUCAGGACUCGAUGAGUGAAAACAGCGGUUCUGUCAGCAGUCGAAGGAGCCUAAAGAAUUCGAAGAAAAGAAGUAAUACAGGGUCCCAGAGACGCCGUCUAAUCCCUAACCUCACCUUGGACACCUCCUCUCCCGUGAGAAAGCCAGUCAUCAGUCCAGGGGUACGCUGGGUGGAUGGCCCCCUCCGGCCCACACAGAGGGGUUUAGCUGAACCUUUUGAGAUUAAGGUUUAUGAGAUUGAUGAUGUUGAACGUUUACAGAGGAGGCGAACCGUAGGUAAUAAGGAAGUAAUAUACUUUAGUGCCAAACUGAAGAUCUUGGAGCAUCGGCAACAGAGAAUCUCAGAGGUGCGGGCCAAGUACGAUUGGCUGAAGAAAGAACUGGAGCAAACCAAACAAUAUCUGAUGCUGGAGCCAGAGAAAUGGACCACUGAAUUUGACCUUCAGCAGACAUUUGAAGUGGACUCUCUGGAGUACUUGGAAGCUCUGGAGUUUGUCACGGAACGACUGGAGAACCGGGUCAACUUCUGCAAAGCUCAUCUGAUGAUGAUCACGUGCUUUGACAUCACCUGCCGGCGACGGUAAAAGAUUUGCCAAGUAUUAUGGACAAUUGGAAGUGGAAAAGGCUCAGCAGGGUGUAUGUGAGCAAGUUACAAGUUCAUCACAACAAUGAUGGCUGAAAUGAAUGGGAAAAUAUAAAGGCUUAAUAUUUUUCUAAAAUAGAUUUUUGGUGGGAAACAGAAAACGCUGGAC